UUUUGCGGUCCGCCAUAAUAGCAUAGAAGAAGAAGUAAACGGAAGUGAACGGUGAUCAAGAAUCAUUUCCACGUUAGGGUUUUGUUAUUUCAAAGUUUUUAUUAACACCCUGGAACUCAAUAUGACAAAUUUCACUACACAGCAUCACACACCUACCAUAAGUAGUGUUUAGUUCGCGUUGGAGACAAGACUUGGUUGAUAGAUGAUAUCUAGGUAACUCUAGAUAGCUAGAUGCUAACAAUGGCUAACUGUAACGGAAUGGUUUUUCACACUCAAAUAGCCUCCAUCAUGGAGGUGCUAGCAAAUGCAGCUGUGGUAGAGAUCUGUAAACUCGUAGACGACGACUAUGCAGUGUUUCGUUUGGAAAUAACUCAAAGCCAAAAAGAAAACAGGUCAUUGCGGAGGAAACUACAGCUCCUGGAACUGAAGGUGGCACGAGAGCGCACAGAGAGGACAAUGCGAGAGCGCGUCUUCGCCAGUCGUCCCAGUACUUUCAACAUCCUAGACCGAUACAGAGGAAUUGCAAGAGGUGAAGGACAUCUCACUGGAGGCCACAGGAGCUUUGUGAAGCCAGCUGGACACAAUAAAUGGAGAGAUGACCAACCAAUCACUGUUGAUGAGAGGAGGGGAACUUCAACCCAGCAUGUUAUUGUGAUAGAGUCUGCAGAUGCAGAGGCUGCAGGUCCUGGGGUCAAGCAGGAGAUGACUGAAGGAGUGGAGGACCCAUGGCACAGCGGAGACGUCCAGACUGGCGCGGCAGGAGAGUCCCCUGUAGCCACAGAGGACCCCACCACCACCCCAGCGCAGCCCAGGACCAGACACAGCAUCACGGAGGAGGAGGAGAGUCCAGAGGUGCUGCUGGUGAAGGAGGAGGGGUGUGAGGAGAGUCUGGGGAACCCUGAGGGGACCAUGGUCAUGGAGGACAACCAGACUACACCUCCUCCUGAACCCACAGAGGAACCAGCUGAGCAGCACAGGACCACAUACAGUCACACUGAGUCAGUAGACAUGGAGGAUGGGAAGCCUGAUCUGCUGCUGGUCAAAGAGGAGACGAUAGAAGACGAACCAGAGAGCAUUGAUCUGCUGAGUGGAGUAAAGAUGGGGGAGCAAGAUGGUUGGCCUGAGGCUAACAGAGGAGCCUGGGCAGUCAUCUUGAAUUCCCAGACCCAGACGGGUGCAGCCAAGGGCCCGGGGGAUAACAUCACUGAGCAGGGCAGAACCAGAGGUGACAUAGUGGAGUCUGCAGUCCAUGAAGACCUGAGGAUAUCUGGUGUUGCUGGCAGGAGAGACUGGGCCUCUGAGGUGGCUGGUCACAAGCCCUGGCUCCUGAUCAGGACCCUGAAUCAGGAGCCGUCGCUCUUCCUUCCCGAGUCGGAACGGGGACCGAAUCGCGAGGUACAGAGACUCCACCAAUACACAGAACACAAUCAGUGGACAGGUGGACUGAACAACCUCAGUCCAGGUGGUCAUCAGAGAGACAGAGGCUCCAGUCAGGGAUCCAGUCUGCAGCCCAGACCCUUCUCUCCACAGUCUCAGUGCAGGGAUGAAGCAGGGCCUGGAGCUGAUAGAGAUAGACCCUCCUGUUCCUAUGAUACAAACACCACAGUAUCCAUGAUGGACAGAGCAGGUCACCCUGGGCUUCAGCCUUCAGAGAGAGUAGUGGGAGACCCCCCUGGUGGUAGUCUAGCAGCAAGUCUGUCUUCUCCUUUAGGGUCUUGUCUAAUGCCUGGUGACUGGGUUAAUAGAAGUCCUGGACCUGGAUCUAGCCUUCCUCAAUUACCUCAUGGUUACCCCACCAAUACAGACAGGGUCAGGAUGGGCGUUCACCACAAGAGGUACCUAACCUAUAACACAACACACAAUCCCAACAACACCCAACCAAUGGCUAGAGGUCAAGGAGGGAGCUCAAAGACUAACCACAUGAGGGUGGUGGCUCCUGCUUCUACCUCCUCUGGUGUCAUUGGAUCACAACGUGGGAGGCCGAGCGUUAGCACGGACGAAGAAAAGCCAUACACCUGCCCCACUUGUGGGAAACGCUUUGCUAAGGCGACCUAUGUGAAGAAGCACCAGACCAUUCACAUCAAGGAGAAGCCCUUCAAGUGUAAGCUAUGUUACAAGAGCUUCUCAUUCCUGAGUUACCUUAUCAGACAUAGGAGUGUCCACAACAGGGAGAAAUCAUAGCAGUGUGUCUUGAGAUGUACACAGGCGAUAUCUGGAAACAAUUAUUUAGCUGAAAUAUUAUAUUUCACAUGUGAAAUGUCCUGGAGUUUUGGGGGGAUUACCAAGUCCCUCAGUUGAGCAUCUGGGUAAACUCACAUUCUCACAUGUUACAGACAUGUUGUUUGGUGUGCUGGCAUAGCCAAAACACUGUCAUGUUACUGAAGAGUAACACUAUAUUCCCCCUCUGAAUUUGGUUUUGCCUAUGUUCUAUUCAUAAUAAUAUGUCCCUCUUUUUUUUAUUUUUACAACUGUUAUAAUACCCCCCACACACACACGCACAAUCAGGUUGUACCUGUUCCUUUAUUUACUAAAAAUAGGUGAUCAAAAUACACCCUCUUUUUAUAACAGCUUUAUAACAAGCCAAGUCUGCUGAGAUGACAUAACCCCAAGGUCAUGCUUUCAUCGAGGAAGAGGUCCAAAAACAACCUCUACUGUGGCACUUUCCCCUAUAGCCCUCCCAUGGCACUGGGUAGUAGGUUGGACUUCUCCCUAAUCAGAUAUUUGUCAUCCUCCCCUCUAUCAACGUUCAUCUCCCAUGUCUUUUAUGUGCAUUAUUGUUAUGCAUCUUCCAUGGUUGUCGCAAACAUUGCCACUCAAUAAUUGACUUCCUCAGCCACACAAAUCAUUGCCUGACGAAUCAAACUGAAUUGUUCCGCUGUUCUAUCGUUCGCUACAUAUUCAGUCUGAGACUGCCAUCAUUGAAGUCGUUUGUGGUGACGUCAAAAUGAGGAGUGUUUCAUAAAACAAAGUCAUCAGCGAUUGGAUCAUUUCUAACCAGUCAGUAUCAAAGACAAUGAUGAAUUUUCAAAACGCAGCUUUACCCAAUGUGUGUUCUGGCUCAGGCCCAACCCAUCAGUUUCUGGGGCUAAUCAGAACAGAUAGAAUGUGUUUGCGUUUUAGGAAUUGUCAGGGAGGUACUCAGAUCCAGACUCAAUGCGGAGCGUUUGGCAUAGCGUUUGGGUAGCCAGGCAAAACAAGUCACACUCAAAGUUAGCUGUAUUUAUACUGACGUACGUCACCGUGUCAAAUGGCCUGAAGGCUUAAGGUCGUGUGAUGCCUGGGGUAGAAUAUUAAACAUGAACGAAUGUGCACCUGUACUUGAGAUUGCAGAGUGACUGGAUGGCUCUUCAAACUGCUUAGGAGGGUAAUUAACCACAUGCCCCUCAUUAACCCUUUGUUAACUUGUCCUUUGAAAUGGGUUUGCGUAAACUGUUUUCAGAGACAGUAAUCCGAAGCUAGAACAAGGACAGUUGAAUAGUUACCUUACUGAGGUGAUGUAGAUGUAAUAAAAUGUUUGUUCAACUAUGUUCUUGCUAACACACUGUUCUUUCUAAACAAUUCUGCUCUGAGUUUGAAAGAUACUGUAGUUAUCAUGAAGAGGAUUUUUUCAUUAAUAAUUAGGAGCCCAAUUAGCCGACACCAAUGGCGAAAGCUAGUCUUACCGGCGUCCAACACAAUGAAAAAGACAUUAGACAAAAGACAAUUUACAUACAUUAACGUGUGUGUGUGUGUGCAUUAAUCAGUUACACACGUCAAUACAUCCACACAACAAGUUGGUGACAUGGGGGAGAGGCGUUGUGUCGUGAGGUGUUGAUUUAUAUGUUUUUUGAUAACCAGGUUUGCUGUUCACUUGCGCUGUAUGAAAUUGAAUGUUCCAUGCAAUCCCGUCUCUGUAUAAUACUGUACGUUUCCUUAAAUUUGUUCUGGACCUGGGGACUGAAAAUAACCAUGGUGGUAUGUCUGGUGUGGUAAGUUUGCAUGUGUCAGUGCGGUGUGUAAGUUCACUAUGCAGACAAUUUGGAAUUUUGUUACACAUUCAUGUUUGUUAUAAAAAACAAGAAGUGAUGCAGUCAUUCCUCAACUCUUAGACAAGAGAGACAGGUAAGAGUAUUGAUAUUAGCCCUCCGAUUACAAUGAAGAGCAAAAAGUGCCACUGUUCUGGGCCAGCUGCAGCUUAAACCUGUUGGGGCUAGGGGGCAGUAUUUGCACGGCCGGAUAAAAAACGUACCCGAUUUAAUCUGGUUACUACU